CUAUUUUUGGGAGCCGCAAAAAACGUAACACUGUAAACAUUACCGAGCUGUCACUUUUUAAAGUAACGGAAAAAUUCAAACAAAUAAAAAGAUGGGUGAGGUUUCUGCAGAAGGUCUCACCUUGGAUCUGCUGAGGGAAGCCAGGGAGAUGGUGAGAAGCAGCCCCCUGGGUGUCAUCAACACUCCCAUGAUCCCCUGGUGCCAGACAACCCUGCCUCUCGACAUCCACUGCAACAUCCACAUCAAAUUGGAAAACAUGCAGAGAACUGGGUCGUUCAAGAUCAGAGGAGUGGCCAAUCAGUUUGCCAGGAGACCGAAGGGAGGUCAUUUUGUCACCAUGUCUGCUGGGAACUAUGGGAAGUCUUUUGCGUAUGCCUCAAAACACUAUGGUUCAAAGGGCAAGGUGGUGAUGCCAGAAACAGCCCCUGUGUCCAGAUCCAUCCUCAUACAGAGUUUCGGGGUGGAGGUGGAGCGAGUUCCUACCUCCUGUCUGAUGAAUGUGGUGAACCGCUGUGUUCAGGAGGAGAACAUGACCUUCCUGCACUCCUAUGAUGACCUGGAUCUAAUAGCAGGACAUGCCAGUCUAGGUAUGGAAGUUCUGGAGGUGAUGCCUGAGCCUGAUGUGGUGGUGGUGUGCUGUGGUGGAGGGGGACUGCUGGCAGGUGUAGCUGCUGCCAUCAAACGGUCAGGCUGUGAUAAGACCAGAAUCUACGGCGUGGAACCAGAAGGAGCCUGCACCAUGUACAAAAGUUUCAUUGAGAAGAAGCCAGUGGGCAUGGACACCAAGAGCAUUGCCUCAGGACUUGCACCACCUUUUGCAGGCACACUGCCCUUUGAGUUGUGUCAGCGUUACGUGGAGGGGAUUGUCCUUAUAAACGAUGAAGAGAUCAAGGCGGCCGUGUCCACCCUCUACCGCUCUGGACUUGUGGUGGAGCCGUCCGGCUCUGCUGCGUUCGCUGCCAUCGUUAACAACAAGAUACCCGAGCUGGAGGGGAAGAAUGCUGUGUGCAUCCUCAGCGGAGGCAACAUCGGAAAAGACGAGCUUGCCAACUUCUCAGACUGACGACUAUGCACUACUUUAAUGUGACUUCUUAGUGUAACACUGUGAAGAUGAAAAACUAUUCAGGUCAAAAUGAUAUCAGUCUAACUAACUUCAUGAGGAAGUUUCUGCUGUAACAGAAUACUUGUUUGGGAAGUGCAGAUAAAUCAUGAUGAAAUUAACAUUUACCUUUAACAUUCAUUUUCUAUAACCAAACUCUCUUGAGUAUUUUAAGUGCCACAAUCUCAAGUCUAUCAAUAUACAUUUAAUUUCAAUGUAAUUUUGUUUGUUCCAGUGUGUUCUUCCUAAAUCUCAUUUCAUUAAGAGUUUGUUGUUGUGCCCUCAAAAAAAA